CGCAUCAGCGAGAUUGCACCGCGUCGCAGCCUCCGCCCUUGUUAGCGCCGAGACGUCGCGCCUGCGCAAUGAGAGGGCACGACCUGAGGUGCCCGAGAGGGCACGGGGACGCGCACGCCGGGACGUCGGGGGCGGAGCCUCUGGGCUUGGGAGCCUCUGAUGGGCUGCAUCGGGGAGGGGCGGGGUAAGAGGCGUUCCUGGGCGGGGCCUCGAGGCCGGUUUGGAAUUUUUGGCGCGAGCCGGCUCUGCGCGCGUUCACGGGCCGUUCCCCUCCGAGAGUCCUCCCGCCGGGCGUGGGGAGCCGUCGACUGCAGACCCCCGACCGCCUGACUGCGCCGGGGGCUUCCGCGGCCUCUGCCGAUCCGGAAUCUGGGACCUCUCUGGGCCGCGCCCCGCCCACCCGUCAAGGUGCUCGUCCCUGUGGCCUCCAUGUUUAAAGCGGAACGUGUGUGCAGAGUGGACGCACCUCUCUUCCGAAGCCUCUUUGGGGCCACAAGUCCAGGCACUGUUUGAGCGGACACACUGCUCUGUCCUGUGCACCUCAGGGCCUCCUGUGCUGGCCAUGCCUGUGCCCACGGAGGGCGCCCCUCCGCCCCUGAGUGGCACCCCCGUUCCAGUCCCAGCCUACUUCCGCCACGCAGAACCUGGCUUCUCCCUCAAGAGGCCUGGAGGGCUCAGUCGGAGCCUCCCGCCCCGGCCCCCUGCCAAGGGCAGCGUCCCCAUCAGCCGCCUCUUCCCUCCUCGGACCCCGGGCUGGCACCAGCCCCGGCCCCGGAGGGUGACGUUCCAAGGCAAAGCCUCUGAGACCCUUCAGAGCCCCUCCUAUGACCCGAGCCGGCCAGAGUCCUUCUUCCAACAGAGUUUCCAGAGGCUUGGCCGCUUGGGCCACGGCUCCUAUGGAGAGGUCUUCAAGGUGCGCUCUAAGGAAGACGGCCGGCUCUAUGCAGUGAAGCGCUCUAUGUCGCCCUUCCGGGGCCCUAAGGACCGGGCCCGCAAGCUGGCCGAGGUGGGCGGCCACGAGAAGGUGGGGCCACACCCGCGCUGUGUGCGGCUGGAGCAAGCCUGGGAGGAGGGCGGCAUCCUGUACCUGCAGACGGAGCUGUGUGGGCCCAGCCUGCAACAGCACUGCGAGGCCUGGGGCACCGGCCUGCCCGAGGCCCAGGUCUGGGGCUACCUGCGGGAUACCCUGCUUGCCCUGGCUCACCUGCACGGCCAAGGCCUGGUCCACCUUGACGUCAAGCCCGCCAACAUCUUCCUGGGGCCCCGGGGCCGCUGCAAGCUGGGUGACUUUGGGCUGCUGGUAGAGCUGGGUGCAUGUGGAACUGGUGAGGCCCAGGAGGGAGACCCCCGCUACAUGGCCCCUGAGCUGCUACAGGGCUCCUAUGGGACAGCGGCGGACGUGUUCAGUCUGGGCCUCACCGUCCUGGAAGUGGCAUGCAACAUGGAGCUGCCCCAUGGCGGGGAGGGCUGGCAGCAGCUGCGCCAGGGCUAUCUGCCCCCGGAGUUCACUGCUGGCCUGUCUUCUGAGCUGCGUUCUGUCCUCACCAUGAUGCUGGAGCCCGACCCCAAGCUGCGGGCCACAGCCGAGUCCCUGCUGGCCCUGCCCAUGCUCAGGCAGCCUCAGCCUUGGAACGUUCUGUGGUAUAUGGCCGCCGAGGCCCUCAGUCGAGGGUGGGCCCUGUGGCAGGCCCUGCUUGCCCUGCUGUGCUGGCUCUGGCACGGGCUGGCUCACCCCGCCAGAUGGCUGCAGCCCCAGAGCCCACCAGCCACCCCGCCCGGCUCGCCACCCUGCAGCCUCCUCCUGGACAGCAGCCUCUCCAGCAACUGGGAUGACGACAGCAUAGGCUCAGUGCAGGGACCACGCAGAGCAGAGCAGAACCGGCAACCUCACGCCUGGGGCGCUGCCUCACGAGGGAGCAGCGCGAGGGCCACGGCCGCCGCCACGGUAGGGCUGCGGUGCCCACAGGCUCUCGCUCUCUCCGGAGGCUGUCCUGGCCAGGGCUGUCGGGAACACCUCCACCCCCCGCAGUGGCUCCCCUGCCCCCCGGAGCAGGGAGGCCCUGGACCUAAGUGACAUUGACUCUGAGCCCCCUCGGGGCUCCUUCCCCUCCUUGGAACCUCGGAACCUCCUCAGCCUGUUUGAGGACUCACUGGGCCCAGUGUGAGUCCACAGGCCAGCCUUGGUGUUUUUAAUCUUUUAGCCACCACCCCCUCCCCGUUCCUCCUGGAGGCUGGGGUCCCUCUGGCAAUUCCAGGGGUUCCUUCUGCCUGCCAUGUCUAAUAAAAGGUAUUUGAAUCUUGGGAGCACCCAA